UAGUAGAAGUAACAUUUACUUAGGAUUCUAAUGGAUAAUAACCAAACAUUUACUGAAAUGUUACCUAUGAUUGACGUACAAACGUUAUUUGCAAUUCACCACUACUACGUAAACUAUAGAUUAGGUAAAAUUGCCUCAGUUUUAGUUUAAAAACGCACUGAAAUGGAUCACAAGAUUUUCAGUUUAGGCUAAACUCACUUUACAAAAUGUGGACACUUAAACCAAUCUGUGUAUUGAUAAUAUUUUUUGUGGGUCUUACAGUGUCCAUCAAAGUAAGAUGCAACCAUCCCGAGACUAUUCGAGAGGAUCACAUACAUUAUUGCUGCAAACAUCCUGAUGGACAUAAUGACAUUAUUGAAAUGUGCGCAAACGAAACAAAAUUUAAACUACCUUCAAAGGAUGAAGAAGCUUUAGAGGAUGUCACAGUGGCACAAUUAGUAGCUGGUACAUGUUUCGGAAAAUGCGUUUUUCAAAAGUUCAAAUUUUUUAAAAACCAUGAAUUGGAUAUGAACGCUGUUAGACAACAUUACAAGGAAGUACAUAAAAUGGAUCCAGAAUACGAGCGUGAAAUGAUAUCAGCAUUUGAUCAUUGCCACAGCAGAUCUGAGGAGGAAACUGCUAAGCUAAUGUCCUUUCCUUUCUUUCGUAUAAAGAAUGUAAAAUUUUGUGAUCCGAAGCCAAGUGUUGUACUAUCUUGUGUUAUAUAUAAUUUCUUUCAUAAUUGUCCAAAGGAUCGCUGGGCAAAAACUAAAGAAUGUGAAGAAACUCUUGAAUUUGCUAAAAAGUGCAAGGAUGCCUUAAUUUCCAUGUGA